AGGCACCGUGCGACGAAAAGUGCCGCUGUCGACCUUUCCUCGAGAGUGCACUGCGGGGUGGCGCAUGGUCGCCGUGACGUAAGAAAAGGUGGCUCGCGACGGCAAUCAUGUGCGAGGGAGGUGCGCAUGGGGAAUUCGACUAGAAGGGACGGACGCGACGAGGACGGUGGUGACGGUGGGUUUGCCACGGAUGGAACCAAGGUGCAACACGGGUUUGGGGGAGGAAAGGAACGAACGGAUGGAACUGACUACAAGUCCAAUGGACGGUUGGAUUAGACAGACAGGCCCAAAAACCUCCUUUCCUUGGGGUGACCCUCCAAACCAAGCAUUUGCUGCGCGACUCGGUGACGCAAGCAAUUCGACAAACAUCGAUGUGUCAUUUGGUUUGGUUAUGUCUGCCACCAGCCGCUGUAUGUUCCAGCCGUCCGUCCUUGGCGGCGAGCCCGAUGUGUGGUGUGGCAAUGACACGCGGACUGCACAUGGGCUGCCUGGUUUCAAGUCGAGGCGCGAACAAUUCCUGAACAGCCUCUCCUCCGGAAACUUCGAUGCAACACAGCUGCACUUUCCCAAGUGCAGUCGGUGCUGGUAGUGGAAACCCUGAUUCUCCUCCUCGUGAUAAACUUAUUAACUGACC